AUGGCCAAUCAGACCUUGGUGACUGAGUUCUUCCUCCAAGGCCUGACAGACACCAAAGAGCUUCAGGUGGCAGUUUUCCUGCUCCUGCUGCUUGCCUACCUCGUGACCGUCUCUGGAAACCUGGCCAUCAUCAGCCUGACCUUGCUGGACACCCGCCUGCAGACCCCUAUGUACUUCCUCCGGAAUCUGUCCUGCUUAGAAAUUUGGUUCCAGACUGUCAUCGUGCCCAAGAUGCUGCUCAACAUUGCCACGGGAACUAAGACCAUUAGCUUUGCUGGCUGCAUCGCCCAGGACUUUUUCCACAUCUUCCUGGGGGCCACGGAGUUCUUCCUCCUCACAGCCAUGGCCUAUGACCGGUACAUCGCCGUAUGCCGGCCGCUCCGCUACCCUGUCCUCAUGAGCAGCAGAGUCUGCACGCGGCUCAUCCUCACCUGCUGGCUGGCAGGAUUCUCCCUCAUCAUCAUUCCUCUCGUCUUCACCAGUCAGCUUCCAUUCUGUGACACCCACAUCAACCACUUCUUCUGUGACUAUACACCUCUAAUGGAGGUGGUCUGCAGUGGGCCAGAGGUGCUGGAGAUGGUGGAUUUUACCCUGGCCUUGGUGGCACUGCUCAGCACACUGGUGCUGAUCUCCAUGUCCUAUGUCCAGAUUAUCCGGACAAUUAUCCGGAUCCCCUCUGUCCAGGAGAGGAAAAAGGCUUUCUCCACCUGUUCCUCCCACAUCAUCGUGGUCACCAUGUGCUACGGCACCUGCUUCUUCAUGUACGUAAAGCCUUCUCCAGGCAAAGGGGUUGAUCUCAACAAAGGAGUAUCUCUGAUCAAUACAGUUAUUGCCCCUCUCCUGAACCCCUUCAUCUAUACUCUCAGGAACCAGCAAGUGAAGCAAGUGGUAAAAGACUUGGUCAGAAAAAUGACUGGGCUCCAGAAUAAGUAG